UGCGCGUGUGCGGCCCCGCCCACCUCACCCUCUUCCGUCAGGAACGUCCGGGCCCCACCGCGCUACGGCAGCUGCGCCCGCGCGCUGGCUGUCCUUCUGGGUCCCUGAAGGUAGUUAUUAUGAAGCAUGAAGGGGAGGCGCCCUAUGAACGAAGGACAACCCCUGAAACCUGAACCCGCUUAUUAGCGCUUCAGAGCAGAGGCAGAAGAAUCACAGAAAGGAGGAGAUUCUAGCUUUGCAUGGCCAAGCAAUUAUUGAUGCUUCUGCGCAGAGUGAACGAGAUAUGGGUGACACUGCUUCCUCCCGAAGUUGUCAAAGACUGGGUGAUAAUGGAAGGUCCGAAUCGACUUUCAGAAGGAGACCUGAGCUAGGCUGAGGCAGCUCUAUUUCCAGAGUCCUCUGUGUGUUUCUAAGAACAGCAGGAAAUGAAUACAUCUCUGCUAUCCAGAAGGUAUCACAAGCUCAACAAAUCCAAAAUGAAAACCGCAUUCUUCUUUCUUCCCAUACAUAUGAUGCUACUUUCAUGGAGCCAGUGAGUCAAACCACCAAAAUGGGAUUUCUCCUGGACCCCUCCCUCUCUCUCAGCUUUAAUCUCAUCUAAGCCCCUGGCAGCAACCACUCUAAUCUCUGUGUCUAUGAAGUUGAUGACUCUGAGAACCUCAUGUAAGUGGAAUCAUGCAGUGCCUGUCCUUAAGUGACUGACGUAUUUCACCUAGUGUAGUGUCUUCAAGGUUUAUCCAUGUUGUAGCAUGGUAAAAUUCACUUCCUUAUGAAGUCUCAAUAAUAUUACCAUUAUAUGUAUGUCCACGUUUUACUUAUCCAUUAAUCCAUCAAUGGUUUUAUGGGUUACUUCGACCUUCAGGCUAUAAAGGAUAAUGCUGUUAUGACCAUGUGUGUAGACAUAUCUUUUCUAGUUCCCACUUUUACUUUGUUUUUUAUACACCCAGAAGUAAAGUUGUAGGAUCACGUUGUAAUUCUGUAUUUAAUUUUUUCAGGAAUCACCAUGUUGUCUUCCGUGGUGGCUGCACUAUUUUACAUUCCCACCAGCAGUGCACAAGGUUUCCAGUUUCUUCAUAUUCUUGCCAACACUUGUUCUUUCCUGUUUUGUUUUGUUUUUUAAAUAAUAGCCAUCCUAAUGGGCAUAAGAUGAUAUCUCACUGUGCUUUUGAUUUGCUUUUCUCUAAUGACUAGCAAUGCUGAGCAUGUUUUUAUGUGCGUAUGGGCCAUUUGUUUAUCCUUUUUGCACAUUUUUUAAAUAGACCUUUAUUUUUUUAUAGCAGUUUUAGGUUCCCAGCAAAAUUGAGCAGAAGAUACAGUGAUUUCCAGUAUACUCUCUGCCCCCAGGCGCUGCCUCCCCAUUAUCAGUAUCAGGGGUUGGUGUCAUUUGAGGAUGUGGCUGUGAACUUCACCUGGGAGGAGUGACAGGACCUGGAUGAUGCUCAGAGGACCCUAUACAGGGAUGUCAUGCUGGAGAACUACAGUAGCCUGGUGUCACUGGAUGUCCAGAUUGUGGAUGACAUGAUUGAGACCAGCCAGGAAAAUCACGGUAGACGUUUGUGGCAAGUUGUAAUCACCAGCAAUGAAACGUCAACUAAGGGGACAGCUGACUUAGGAAAAACAUUUAAUUUGAGCCCAAUUCAUAUUUCAAAACUGAUGAUAAAUGAUGGUAACUAUUCAGAAAUGAAGCCAGAAAUGUUGAAUAUGUGUAAGAACACGUUUCUUCCUAGUGAGCCUGAUGAGAUGCAUGCUGGAGAGAAACCGGAGGAUAGUAAUAGAACUGGGAAAUCCCUCAGAUAUGCUGAGUACCCUAGGCAUAAGAAGAAGAAUCAAACUCUGCAGCAACCUUUUGAAUGUAACAGACAAGGGAGAGACUUCAUCAAGGAAGCAAUAUUCUGUACACAUAGGAUGGUUCGUAUGGGUGAGAUGGCUUACAAAUAUAAGAAAUAUUGGAAGGCCUGUGGUAAGUCAGCUCUCAUUGCCCAAGAGAGAACUCACAUAGGGGAGAAUCACUAUAGAUGUAACAAAUGGGGGAAUACCUUUUGUAAGAAACCAACACAGUUGAAUCUUCACAGAGCUGAUCUCUAGGAGCAACAGCAUAAAUGUAAUCAAACUGGGAAUAAUUUCUGCCAGAAAUUACAUCCCACUCAGCUUCAGAGAAUUCAGUUAGAGAAAAUGUUUGAAUGUGAUGUAUGUGGUAAAACGUUCUAUAAAAAGUCUAAUCUCACUAAACAUCAGAAAGUACACACUGGAGAGAAACCCUGUGCACGUGUUGAACGUGAGAAAUCCUUCUGCCAUAAAUCAGGCCAUACUGUUCAUCAGAGAAUCCACACUGGGGGAAAGCCCUAUGAAUGUAAUGAAUUUGGGAAAUCAUUCUGCCAGAAUUCAGCCCUCACUGUUCAUCAAAGGAUUCACAAUAGGGAGAGACCUCAUGAAUGCAAUGAUUGUGGUAAAACCUUCCAUAAGAAGUCAGUACUCACUGCACAUCAGAGAACUCACACAGGAGAGAGACCUUAUGCAUGUAAAGAAUGUGGGAAAUCCUUUGGACACCGGCCAGCCCUCACUGUACAUCAGAGAACUCACACAAGAGAUAAACCUUAUAAAUGUAAUGAAUGUGGGAAAUCCUUCUGUGUGAAGCCAAAACUCACUGUACAUCUGAGACUUCACACAGGUGAGAAACCCUAUGAAUGUAAAGAAUGUGGUAAAACUUUCUACCAGAAGUCACAACUCACUGUACACCAGAGAACUCACACAGGUGAGAAACCUUAUAAAUGUGACGAAUGUCAGAAAACCUUUUGUGAAAAGUCAACCCUCAAUAGACAUCAGAGAACACACACAGGAGAGAAGCCCUAUGGAUGUAAAGAAUGUAGGAAAACUUUCUUCCAGAAGUCAGCCCUCACUGUACAUCAAAGAACUCACACAGGAGAGAAGCCCUAUGAAUGUAAUGAAUGUGGAAAAACCUUUUGCCAGAAAUCACACCUCAGCAAACAUCAGAGGACUCACACAGAGGAGAAAUCAUGUAUGGCAGAGACUGGCUGUCUGUACACCCAAACUCACUUUCUUUUUCUUUGGGGCACACAGUUAGCCUGCAUUUCUCAGCCUUCCUUUACUGUGGGUGGGACCAUAUAGCUGAGCUGUGGCCAGGAGAAUUUGAACACAAGCAAUAAACAUUAAUUCCAGGCCAGGUCAGAAGAAAAAAACCAAAAACAUUCCAUGCAUUCCUGCUGACUUUUUAUGCCCUGUGAUUCUGAAGUGCAAAUCUGCUCCCCACACCCCCACCCCAGUUUGCCUUGGGAGCCACUGGGUGGAGAUGGCAACCAUGACUUAAGACAGAAAAAAUUGAUUAUGAUUAUGGAGAGCAGAAAUUUUCCCAACUCUACCAAGAAAAAUGUUCAUUUGUGCUUUAUCUGAGUGAGAAAUAAAUAUUCACUGUUGGGCCCUCCCAUGUGUAAUCUAUUUACAACACUACCAGUCCAUUGUGGCCAGUUCAUUUUAUGAAUUUGAGACAGACUUCUGUGAGAAGUUACCAGUCCUUGUGUAGAAAAUUCACACAAAUUGUGUAGAAAAUUCAACACAAUUCCUUGUGGUGUCAUCUUUCAUCCCCAGUCAAUUGAUGGAAAAAUCAAGUCAUAUGAAGAGACAAAGAAUGCAAGAAAUGUAGGAAUGCCUUUAUCAGGCAGAGACAGCUCAUUGAACACUGAGAAUAAAGUAAAGCCUUAUAAAUAUCUUUAAUGUGUCAGAGUUUUCA